UAAGCGGAGCGCAGUGGCUCGGCGCGGCCGCCUGGGGGCAGCAAGGGGCGCUCACUCCAAGGCUGUGGACGCGUCGAGCAUUCGAAAGGAAGCUGCGGGACUCGAACCCCCCACCUGCUCGUCCGCCGUGGGCCUGCAGGCACAGACCGAGCGAAGCGCUCUCCUGCGCCGUGGCGCACUGAUGACUGGCGCUCGAUGACUGAUGACUGACGCUGGAGAGACGCGGGAGCGCGCAUCACACAGGGGCUCUCAAUCGCAGCAGGAUCCGCAGGCCCGCGGCACGAGCCCGAGCUGCUUUACACAGGUGCACCGACUCUCUCAAGACAUGGUGUCCACACUGCUAGCUGUGACACUCUGUGUCACCCUGCUACACCUGUCCACAGGCCAGACCUUGGGACUAGGCGAACUUGGGGAUGAUAUCAUUCACGAGACCCCCGACCCCCCGGAGGAGCAGUUCUCUCGGCGCUCCAGUGCUACCCCACAAUCCCUCGGGGAACUCAUUCAUGCUGCGCUUCUCAGCAAAGAGUACCUCGGGCAAACGCCGAGCUCUGCUGGAACAACUACCAGUCCCACGCAGGCAGUCCCUCCCGUGCGUCAGUCAGGGCCUUCGUCCACCAUGAUGUCACCUGGAAUACUCACCACAGCCGCGACGUCGUCGGGGCAACCGCGAGCGUGGGGCGUAGUGACGUCAUCGCCCUCGCAGGAAGAGACCACAACAACUUUGAUUACCACGACAACCAUAACUACAGUGCACACACCAGUCCAGUGUAAUGCCAGUCUGUCGGGGGUGGAAGGAAUUGUCGAGUCUCCGGAUACGCACUCCUCCUCAUCCCCUCUGUACGGACCCCUGGAGUGUACCUACACCAUCAGUGUUUACCGCGGUUAUGGCGUGGAGAUUCAGGUGAAGAAGGUGAACCUCUCCAAAGAGGAAUCGCUCACCAUCCUUGGGCUAGGGGGUGUCGGCCCCGAGCUCCUGGCCAACGAGACCCUGAUGAGCGAGGGUCAGGUGAUCCGCAGCUCCACCAACCAGGUGCAAGUUCAUUACCGCAGCCUCCAGGCGACCAACCACGGCAUCUUCAGCCUCCACUACCAAGCCUUCCUCCUGUCCUGCCCGUUCCCUCGCUCGCCCGAGGGCGGGGGCGUCACCGUCACAGACCUGCACCCGGGGGGUCAGGCUCACUUCCACUGCGACCCAGGCUUCCAGGUUAGAGGUCACGAGGUGGCCACGUGCCUCAACUCCACGCGGCCCCACUGGAGCUCGCCCGAACCUCAGUGUGUUGCUGUGUCAUGUGGAGGGUGGAUCAGAAACGCCACCGUGGGUCGAAUCCUGUCCCCUCCGCCACCCUCUGCCAGUAACCAUAGCAGCAGCAGUAACCUGAGCUGCCACUGGCUGCUGGAGGCCCGCGAGGGACACAGGCUCCACCUCCACUUUGAGAGGAUGGCCCUGGAUGAAGACGAUGACAGGCUGAUCGUGCGCAGUGGCAACAACUCCCUCGCGCCGCUGCAGUUUGACUCGGACCUGGACGACGUCCCGGAGCGGGGCAUUGUAAGCGAGGGCUCGGCGCUAUACCUGGAGCUCACAGCGGACUCGUCCACCAUCCCCCUGCUGCUGGCGCUGCGCUACGAGGCCUUCGACGCGGAGCACUGCUACGAGCCCUACCUGGCCCAUGGCAACUUCAGCAGCAGCGACAUCAGCUUCGCGUUGGGCACCACUGUCUCCUUCUCCUGCUCACCGGGCUUUGUCAUGGAGCAGGGCUCGGGGGUCAUCGAGUGCGUGGACCCCAGCGACCCGCACUGGAACGAGAGCGAGCCAGUAUGCAGAGCCCUUUGUGGGGGGGAGCUGAGCGACCCUUCGGGGACUGUCCUGUCACCCGACUGGCCCCAGAGUUACUCCAAGGGCCAGGACUGCGUUUGGCAGAUCCACGUCAACGAGGACAAACGCAUCGAGCUGGACAUCCGCAUCCUGAACAUCCGCCACAACGAUGUCCUCACCAUAUUCGACGGGCACGACUUCACGUCGCACGUGAUCGGCCAGUACUUGGGCUCGCGGGAGCGUUUCCGGGUCGUUUCGGGAGGAUCGGAGGUCACCAUUCAGUUCCAGAGCGAUCCAGACGAUUCUACCUUCAUCCUCAGCCAGGGGUUCCUUAUUAAUUACCGUGAGGUGGAGCGCAACGACACCUGUCCUCCGCUCCCACCAAUUGAGUUUGGCUGGAGAAGCUCCUCCCACCCGUCAAUGGUGAGGGGCAGCGUGAUGACAUAUCAGUGUCAGCCUGGCUAUGACAUAAUCGGCUCUGACAUCAUCACUUGCCAGUGGGAUUUAUCUUGGAGUAACAGCCCCCCCACUUGUCAGAAAGUUCAGCAGUGCUCUGACCCCGGGGAGGUGGUCAACGGAGCACGGUCAGUACAUCCCGAGCCUGGCUUUGCUGUGGGCACGGUCGUGCGCUUCUCCUGUAACCAGGGAUACCAGCUGGAGGGCCCCAGCCAAGUCUCAUGCCACGGACGCGACACUGGGACCCCCAAAUGGAGUGACAGGAGCCCCAAGUGUGUCUUAAAAUACGACCCAUGUCCAAACCCAGGCGUGCCCGACAACGGCUACCAGACGCUGUACAAGCACAGCUACCAGGCGGGCGAAUCCCUGCGCUUCUUCUGCUACGAGGGCUACGAGCUCAUAGGGGAGGUCACCAUCAAUUGUGUCCCUGGACACCCAUCCCAGUGGAACAGCCCACCUCCCUUCUGCAAAGUCGCUUACGAGGAGCUGCUGGACGACCACAAGCUUGAAGUCUCAAGGACAACUGACCCCUCGCACCAGAUGGAUGGCGAGAACAUCGCCUUGGCCAUUUUCCUGCCCAUUAUCCUCGUCAUCUUCCUGAUUGGAGGAAUCUACAUGUAUUACACCAAUAUGUGUAGGUUCCAGUGGAAACCGCUCUUCUGGAAAUCUCUCUCACACACACACUCCUACAGCCCGAUCACCGUGGAGUCGGACUUCAACAAUCCUUUGUACGAGGCCGGGGACACGAGGGAAUACGAAGUGUCCAUCUGAAGAAGGAGACACAGCGGAGCGAUGUGGCUGAGAGGACAGAGGUUUGGUGGGAAGGAGAGGGGGACGCUUUGCAGUCUCCUCCUGUCGGCUACCUUCAUUACUGCCAUCGUCUUGUCCCUCCCGCCUCGCCCCCCUUUCCACCCGAUGUCUGUACAGAAACACACCUCUGUCCAUUAGCAUAAGUCUGUGUGUAACAUGCGGUCCGUCCAUCCGUGUCAGUGUUCAUCCGUCGGUCCUGUUCUCCUGAGCCUCGGUGUCACCUCAUCUGCUGUCUUGUGCACAACAGUCUCGCAGUUUUGUUGUUUUCAGUCUAUAAUUAGGACUGGUGCCUUAGAGAGGGGGGGGUGUUGAGAGGGAUGGUGAAUGGGGACAGCAGGCGGCAGCUGUACAGAGACUCACAGGUUGGCAGAGAGGCAGACGCGCGCGCGCACACACACACACACACACACACACACACACACACAACAGCAACAGAGUGAAUGUAAAUAUUUUGAUCGAGGCUUACAUGUAUAUGUACUGAAUCUGUGCCAAAACAAGACUUCCCAUCAAUGUGACAUCCCUGAGCAUCUGAACUUCGUAGUCUUAGUACCUUCUGCAUCUUCCAUCUGUAAAAUACAAGGAUAGUGUUUUGUUCUUAGCGGUUUGUACGAAUGCGUCAUCUUUAUACUGUGAAGGACAAGUGGCGGGAGAGCAGCAGGACAUCAUCGCUUUCAAGGCACGCAGUGAUUGUAUUCUCUGUUGCUUCUGCUGAACCAUGUUAUUACAGUUAUAAUUAACAAUGAUUAUUAUUGUUAUUAAUGCUGUUGGUGUUGUGUAUGCACAAUGUUGAAAAUACUAUAAAACUGGUUGCUUGCUGUGAUGCACUAUUGAAAAAAGUAUUCUUUUAAUCAAAUUAUGGUUCCUUUAAGUUCUGUUGAGCUGCGUCGCUCUCACUGUACCAACGAGGGUUUGACCUCAUUCUCAUGGUAUUAUUGCUAUUAUUUAUUUUCAUUGUUUUGCCGUCAGCGGCAACUGUUAACGACUUUGCUGAGAUUGACGAUGAAAUAAACAUUUCUCUGUUGGAUGGU